GGAGUGAGAGGACUCUCCGCUCCGCUUCGUCCGCCAGCCACUCGCCUCCCCUUCGUGCUGGUCGCGGCCGCCGUGGCGCUGGUCCCACCCUUCAACACAAAAGGCAUCCCCAGUCCCCGCUUUUGACGGGGACGCUGUGGAUCCUUUGGAUCAAGGGUCGGGCCUGGACACUGGGCGUCUCGCUCAUCCCGUCGACCAUGCCUCACGCCCUACCCCACCAGUUCGAGAGGCUGCCCACGCACGUCGUGCCCUCGCACUACGUGCUCCACUUCAAGCCCGACCUGGUCAAGUGCGUGUUCGACGGCGAGGUGACGGUGGACCUGGAGGUGAAGGAACCUACUCAUCGAUUACUAUUCAACUGUGUUGAUCUCGAACUGCUACAUAUAGAACUACACCUUCAAGAUGGAACCUUGUUCUUACCCAGCAAAGUCACAUUAUCGUGCCACUGCGAAACUGCUGCAGUCAUUUUUGCAUCCAAAGUGCCCCCUGGAAUUUGCAAAUUGUCAAUAAGCUUCAGGGGUUUAUUAGAUGACGGCUUGAGGGGAUUUUAUCGCAGUAAAUACAUCAGUCAUGACACAAAAGAGGAACGCUACUGUGCUGUCACUCAAUUUGAAGCUUGUUAUGCACAUCGUUGCUUUCCUUGUUGGGAUGAACCCUCCAUCAAGGCGACUUUUGACAUCUCCCUUACAGUACCUAAAGACCGAGUGGCGCUGUCGAACAUGCCUGUAACCCAUGAAGAGGAACUACCAGAUGGAAAUAGACUGGUCCGAUUUGAAACUACCCCAAUCAUGUCAACUUAUCUUGUUGCUAUGGUAGUGGGAGAGUUUGAUUUCAUCGAAAAGAUGACUUCAUCUGGUGUGUGUGUUCGAGUAUAUACACCAGUUGGAAAGCAGGAUCAAGGUCAAUUUGCUCUGGAAGUAGCUGUUAAAGUGCUUCCAUAUUUUGCAAAUUGUUACAAAAUCAGUUAUCCCCUUCCAAAGAUGGAUCUGGUGGCUAUUGGAAGCUUUUCAGCAGGUGCAAUGGAAAAUUGGGGCUUGAUUACAUACCGAGAGACGUGCCUCCUUGUUGACCCUGACAAUACGUCUACUCAGCGGAAACAAGGGAUUGCUCUCUAUGUGGCUCAUGAGAUGGCUCAUCAGUGGUUCGGCAACUUGGUAACUAUGGGAUGGUGGACUCAUUUGUGGUUGAAUGAAGGGUAUGCAACAUUUGCUGAGUUCCUCUGUGUUGCUGAACUGUAUCCGGAAUAUGACAUGUGGACCCAAUUCGUCACUGAGACAUACAGUCCUGCUCUGAGAUUGGACGCUUUAAAGAGUAGUCAUCCUAUAGAGGUUCCUGUUGGACAUCCUUUAGAGGUUCAAGAAAUAUUUGAUGAUAUAUCCUACCAUAAGGGAGCGUCUGUGAUUCGUAUGCUGUAUAGAUACAUUGGAACCGAGGACUUUGCCAAAGGGAUGAAUUUGUAUCUCAGUAAUUUCCAGUAUGGAAAUGCUACAACAGAUGACUUAUGGGAAGCACUUGAGGAAGCAUCCAACAAACCCAUUUCUGAAGUUAUGCCUUUGUGGACCCGGCAAAUGGGUUAUCCUGUUGUUUCAGUAAGAUGUGAAGUAGUGGGAAACAAGCGCAAAUUUUACUUGAAGCAGUCUCCAUUCCGCGCAGAUGGUGCUUCUGUUGAUCCAGAUGAACCCAAGCUUUGGAUGGUGCCUAUUGAGUUUAGCACAGCAAGUGUACCUAAUGAAAGUGUGCAUGUGAUUGUGUUGAGCACAAGAGAAUCCACCAUAUUUAUUGAUGAUGUCAAGCCUACAGAUUGGAUAAAAUUGAAUCCAGGAAGCUUUGGCUUCUAUCGAGUGCAUUAUUCUUCAGAAAUGUUGCAAAUGCUACAACCUGCUGUUUCAGAUUGCUCACUUCCACCAAUUGAUCGUCUUACACUCCUUGAUGACCUUUUUGCAUUGGUUCAAGCUGGUCAGUGUUCCAGUGACCAGGUUUUACGUCUCUUGGAUGCAAUGAGGAACGAGUCCAACUAUAUAGUUUGGUCUGAAAUUGCCAUUGUUCUGUUUAAAUUUCAAAAGCUCUUAGAGUAUGCUGAAGAUGUUCUCCCUUCGUUUAUGGCUUUUGGUCGCCACAUGCUGGGGCAGUUGCGACAGUCAAUUUCUUGGGACCCUAUACCAGAUGAGAGUCACAAAGACAAACUGCUCCGUAAUGUCAUACUUGAGUUGCUUCAUAAUUUUGAUGAUGAUAUAGCAAGAGAAGAAUCAUCAAGGCGUUUCGAGGCUCAUGCCAAUGGCACUGCCACUCUGUGGCCAGAUAUUAGAGGCACUGUAUAUCGAGCUGUUCUGAGCAAAGCUGACACAGCUACUUAUGAAAUAUUUUUAAAGAUGUACCGAGAGGAGACUCUUCAAGAAGAGAAAGAAAGAAUUUCUCAUGCGUUUGCAUCUAUUGAAAAUGCAGAUCUCCUGAAGGAAGUCUUAAUGUUUGCUCUGUCUGAUGAAGUGCGAUCACAAUCAACAUUAAGUAUACUAAGUGCUAUUGCCCAGUCAUCAAAGGGUCGAGAAAUUGUUUGGACUUAUGCUAAAGAGAACUGGAAUAAGCUGCAUGCAAAAUAUGGGGCUUCUGUUAUUUUGUCACAUUUCAUAACAGCCUCUUUCCAACAUUUUGCAACUGAAGAAAUGGCGGACCAACUAGAAGAUUUCUUUGUGACCAAUGAUACAAGGGGAACAGCAAGAGCUGUGCAGCAAACCAUAGAGAGAGUUCGCAUCAAUGCUGCCUGGCUCAAAAGGGACCUUACUUGCAUUAAAUCAUUUUUGGAAAAUUUUAAAUAAAUUUUUCUUCCUGUACGUCUGACCACUUUUCUAUUUAUGAAAAAAAUCGUAUUGAUUAGUAUGAUAUAGAAUUGCACAAUGAGGCAUAUAGGUCUCCUUAAACUUAAAUUUUGGUGGUUUGACAAACCCAUUGCCCCUGGAUGGUUGUCGAAACGUAUUCAUACUAGUUGUCUUUCUAAUUUUGGAUAUUUCUCUUCUAAUUCUGGGAGAAACUUUUACGUCUGUGUAAUUUUUUUCUUUAUUGGGUGUAUGGGCCAAAAAUUAUUGUUUAGUUAAAAAUUAAUAAAAACAGGCAAUUGUUUGCAUAAAUUUUGUUUAGUGUUAGUACCAACGAAUUUUUAAAUUUUUAUUUCUUGGCUGUGAAUACCAAAACUCAUCAACAAUAUUUAUUCAAGACUUGCUGUAAAUAUCUUAGUUCAUUCGUAUUCUACACUGUGUAUCUAACGUUAUUCACUUUCAUGUCGUAAACUUCCCUCAAGCAAUUUUGACAUUUCAUUCUCUGUUUUAUCACAUGUUCACCAUGUUUGUCAUUAUGUUUUCAUGUAUCAAUAAAUCAGUUCACAAUGUUUUUACUCCA